ACGAAUGCUAUACGCGAAAAUACGAUGUUUGUUGUCGCUGUGCUUAGGUUAUACGGAAUGUCUGAGUUACGCCUCCGUUCUAUUCGUUCCUUCCGCAACCGCGGCGAACUGAAGUCCCAUCGAUCAUAGCGGAAACCUCCGUCGCUUCGGGGAACUUUCGUCGGCGCAGCGAAUGGCGGACAGUUCCGGCCGAGUUGAACCGACAUCGUCGUGGGUGUCUACCUAUACGGACAGUGGCCGUAGCUGCGGCACAGACGGACAGAGAAUGUAUGCGGUGACGUACGACGAUGGCCAGUAUCUGAUGUUCGGACGCGUAGCGAAGCGAUGCAAGGUUAAGAAGGGCGUCGUCGUGUCUCUGUUUGUGCUGGCGACGCUCGUCGUCAUAGCAACCGUUAAUCUGUACUCUGGCGGCCUGUCGUCGGCAGUGGCGCACUCGCUGCAGCCACCCGCGUUUAGCGAUGAGAUAUCUACACUACUGGACGCCUGUGCGAGCCUCAAUGCGACCGUGUUUCUCAUGGAACCCCGGCUUCUAGAACGACUGGUCGAAGACAAGGAACUACCUCAGGAUUGGUGGAGUAGAAACAACAGCGGUUCCGCGUUUAAUGUGGUCACCUUUGGCGUCCUUGAGCAAGAUCUGCUUCCUAACGAAGAGCAAUUCGUAGCCGAUGCCAUGCGGAAGCAUCGGUAUAAGUACGUGGCGGUGGAAGGUCGCGACCCGCGCCCGAUCAGUGUGUCACUCUGGGACACGCGACACAUCAAUCGAACGACACAUCACCUGUUCGUACGUCGAGGUCGCGUCAUCCACCUGGUGGUCUUCUUCGGCAGACGCGGCUACUGGUGGCACGGGGCUGUCGGCGCGUCCGUCCCCUCGCUGCAUCGUCUGCUGCCCUCGCUCACGUUCGGCGAAUUUCCGGGAGCAUUUGACGACUUGCAGCUUAGCGAGGCAUCUCGCCGUGAUGGAAGAGAAAGAGUUUUCACGCCGCACGAUUCUCAAGCAUUUCUCAAAGCUGCCAAAAUUUCCCGCUUCAUCGACUGCGACGCUGCGGUCGCACGAUCAGUUCAACGAAAGCACGGCAACCUGGGUACGGAUUCCGAACAUUACGGGAAGAUGGCGAGCCGUGCCUACGCAGCGCUCUAUUUCAAACGCGUCAUGAAGAAACUAGGAAAGCUAUUCUGGCUCACCAACGGUUCGCUUCUCGGUUGGUACCGCCAGUGCGGCAUAAUCCCGCACGACCACGACGUGGAUUUUGGCAUGUGGGCAGAGGACUACGAACCGUCACUACGAGCUGUCUUCGAGAACAAUCCAGUGCUUAAGCUCUGCACCGUGUGGGGAAACAAAAAUGACAGUUUCCAAUUCGCACUUUGGGGCUACCACAUGAAAGUGGACAUCUUUUUCCUUUAUAAGACACCAGACGGCAUGCACACAUUUCAUGGCGUCACAGGGAAUGACGGUCGACGAAGAUAUAGCGCGACGUUUCCGGCGGUCCAACUCUGCACGACAGAGUUUCUCGGAGAGAUGUUUCACGUUCCUUGCACGCCGAGUCUCAUGCUAGACGCCGAAUACGGAACGAACUGGCGCGAACCAAAUGUCGAAUACGACUACCAGGACGCCUUAAACCUACGCAAGAGAGGAGCGUGGAAAAAGCAGGCCGAGAUUAUGUGUGAAGAGUAGGUGUAGAGUUGCUGUGAGCACGACUAGGAUUAGUACAAGAGCUAACAAUACAUUAUAUAGCAUGUAUUAUAUUGCAUAUGUCUAAUGCAUUAUGUAUAAUGCAUAUGCAAAUGUCUAAUGCAUUAUGUAUAAUGCAUAUGCAUAUGUAUAAUGCAUUAUGUGUAUGCAUAAUGUAGUAUAUUGUAUGUAACAUACAUUAUAACAGAAGUAGAUAAUAGGGAACCUAUUACCUGAUUAUAAUAAUGUAUUAAUAGCUCUUGAUUAGUAUAAGUGUGACCUGGGAUUCGGUACGGUUCAAUGAUUCGCUCACCGCACACUUACCGUACACGUGUAGUGGCAGGGACUAUAGUGUUAGAAACUUAGAGGGAGUAAUACCAUAACGCCAAGUGCAUGGGUUACGCCAUGAGUUACAAUGUUAACGACUUCAAAGGUUUACAAGUUCAGCUAUAAAAUGCGCAUAAUUACUGCUACGAUGUGUGUUUUUUUGCUGUAUAUAAAUACUGCUACGAUGUGUGUUUUUUGCUAUAUAUAAAUACUGCUACGAUGUGUUUUUUUGCUAUCUAUAAAUACUGCUACGAUGUGUGUUUUUGCUAUAUAUAAAUACUGCUACGAUGUGUUUUUUGCUAUAUAUAAAUACUGCUACGAUGUGUUUUUUGCUAUAUAUAAAUACUGCUACGAUGUGUUUUUUUGCCAUGUAUAAAUACGGCUAUGAUGUUUAAAAAAAAUCAUCGUUUGCAGUGCGCGCACGCACGCACGGUGCAAGGUUGCUCUGCGGCCGUCGUGUGUAUGUAUAUAUGUAUCUAGCGACCAUGCAUGUCUAACGUGUGUCUUUCACAACACAUUGCCGCGAAGUUCACGGCAAUCGAUAAAUCCGGCGCAUUCGCCGAAAAAAAUUAUAGAUAUAUUUUUUACAGCAUUUGUAUACGAUUAUUUAAUUGUAAACCUCGGCUUACGAUAAUCUCAAUCUUGCCCACUAGCAGUGCUACAGCUUUCUACUGCUUGAUGAACAACGGAGGAGGUAUAUAGUAAGCCAUGCUCAAAUACGCGUCGACUUUGAUUAAUAUCUUAAUUAGGGCAGUUGCUGAAAACGCGCCAUCUUCGCGUGGAUUAUAGACGAUCGACAAGGCGCAAACAUGGCCUAUAGCAGCAUCGCCUUAAUUAAUAAAAAAUGUAAUUAAUAUGA